AUGGACGCGGCCAAGAGACCCCAUCCCAUCCCAGCAGCAGCCAUGUCCGACUCGGUUGCCAGUCCUCCCUACUCCGCCACUGCCCCCGCGCAGCUCGGCCUCUCCCUCCGCUACCGCAAGCUCGCCGCCCGGAGCGAGAUUCACAGCGUCGGCCUCUCCGCCGACCCCCUGCGGCCCGUCGCCUGCGCGACCUUUAACGGCGGCCAGAUGGACCAGGUCUGGCUCGACAUCUUCGACCUCGACUCCCAGCGCGGCCUGUCCAAGGUGCCCGGCGGCCACGCCGCCUUUGCGCCGCCCGCCGCCCCGGCGUCUGCCUCUUCCGUCGCGCGCGUCGCCACCCUGCGCGACUGGACCGUGCAGCUCGGCCCCGGCGUCGACUACCGCCACUCGACGUCGCUGCUGCUCCGCGACGUCCACACCGGCAAGUCGCUGCUCGAGAUCAAGGGCGCGAGCGGCGACCCCGUCGCCUGGAGCCCCGACGGCCGCGCCGUCGCCGCCGCGGAGCCGCGCCGCCACCGCGUCGGCGUCUGGGACACCCGCACCGGCAAUCUCCUGGGACGCGUCGUCUCGCACAUUGACCGCGUCGAAUUUGCCGCGUUUGCGCCCGACAUGAACCUCGUCACGGCGUCGCGCGACGGCACCCUGCGCGUCACCAACCCCGCCACGAGCAAGACCGUCGCCAAGCUGGAAAUCGAGGGCCUCGGGGCCGGCAACCCGCGCGCGCUCGCCGUCGCGGCCGACGGCACCAUCGCGUCCGUCUGGGGCACCUCGGUGCACGUCUGGACGCCGCGCGCCAAUCACCUGACGUCGUACACGCUGGCGUCGGUGCGCCGCGCCGAGGGCUCCCCGCUGGCGCUGUCCCCCGACGGGCGGUACAUGGCCUGCUGGACCGAGGACGGCUUCGACGUCAUGGAGGUGCGGUCGGGCGCGACGGUCGCGGCGCGCAACGGCGGCGCGCUCGUCACGGCGGCGGCGUUUUCGGCGGACGCGAGCGUGCUGCUCCUCGGCCGCAUGGACGGCCACCUCGAGGUCUGGGACCUGUCCCGCAAGAAGGCCUAG